UUCGGGUGUUAUCGGUUGACAACAGGACAUUACUUUUCAAUCGGGUACCUUGAUAGUAUAGGAUAUACAGAAACAACACUUGUCCGUUAUUUUAUAAAAAGAACAUUACAGUAUCCGGAGAUGCCCGAGAAAAUGUGUUAUCAACAUAAGUUGGAAAGUACUCACCUUUUACAGUGAAAUACGUGAAUUCCAUUGAUUUUCAAUUUCCCAAAACGAUGUGAUACGGAAAUAAUAGUUGCUGUGAAAUUAUGAACCAUUUUCCAUUCUAUUUCUACCAAAAUUACCACUGAAUACACAUUCAUUUUUUCCACUACCACUAUGCUCUUAACCCGCAGGAUGCCUGGAAUUUUAUAUACCUAUCGAUACACUGUGUAUUCAUUUUUUAUCAUUUUAAGCACGUUCGUUUACUUCUUGUUCAAAUGGAACUUGUUUUGCCUGAAUCUGCAGGCCUGGCAGCACGUAAAGAAGAUGUGCAACCUACAUGAAAAAGAAUUCGCCAUCGGCUCACUCUGCGCCCCUCUGUGCCUCACGAAAGAUAUCCAUUCCUUAACAUGUCACUCAUUUCAAGCCACGAAAGAAGCAGUCUUCAGCGCCGAGUGGCACAAUAUCCGCUUGGUGUUCAAAUCAGUGCCUAGAGAUGUCCAAGCCAUUCAUUGGUACGACAACGGUGUCCUUAAAUAUCCUACAGAAAAGGAAUUCUUGACCACCAUCAGAACAAUAGUGAAGAAUAAAUUAAAUCUUACACUUGCCUAUGAUACAGCUCUGAGAUUGUCUAGACUGAAGCCCAGUUAUGAAGAAAAAAACAAACAGAAAAGGCAGAGGGAAAUGGAUAAUUUAUGGGUACUUCUUCAAGACAACGAAUAUUUGCUGUCAGCAUUGUUCACUGAUAAAGAUGUAUUUCCACAACUUCUUGGUACUUGUGGUCCUUAUUUUGCUGUGGAGUAUCUAGAACCAAUAACCGACAUUUCAUCGCUAAUAACGGUGACUGACAGUAGAGAAAACUGGGGAAAACGUCUUAGACUAGCUGUGCAAAUUCUGGAUCUUAUUGAGGAGCUAGAGACUGGUUUCCGCGAACCUUUUCAUCUUUGUGACAUCAAAAUGCAACACUUCGGUCUUGUCAAGGAGGGCACUAAAUUGAAGUUUAUCGAUCUAGAUGGGGUUCUACCCAAAUCAGUAGUGGACUCCAUUAUAAAAGAGGUAACUUACUGUAGAAAUGACGGCGACUGUGAUUUCUUCGAUUGUCGUUCCAAAUGCGACAAAAACAACAAAUGUUUUAGUUUUGUAGCUAAUAACAACUUACAAAUGGUUUGUGAGAAAUUAUUUCUUGGCUGGAGAAUGUCGAAUACAGUGAUAGUGCCUGGAUUACUAAUGUCUCAACAUACUCCGGCUGAGCUGGCAUUGAUUCUGCGACAAUGUGCUAAUCCAGAGAGUGAAGAGGGAAUACCCAGAACGAGUCCAGAUUCUGAUAUCAAAAAGAGACUUUAUACCAUUCUUUCUGAGAUGGAACAAACUAUUAACAAUGAUUUUCUAUAACGAAUGUUUACAUAUGAAUAUAGACUGUUGGGUUUUUCUUGUGCUCUGAAAUAAAUAUUUCAAACGUUA